AUGUGUAAAAAAUUUGGAAUAAGUGCAGAUUCUUUGAUGCAAUUAUGUUUCCAGCUAGGCCAUUAUAAAUUACAUAAAAAACAUGUUGGUACUUAUGAAUCAUGUAGUACAGCAGCAUUCAAACAAGGACGGACAGAAACUGUAAGACCAUGUACUACGAAGACCGCUGAUUUUUGCUAUGCUGUUUCAAGUAAUAAUAAGCCCUCUGACAAUGACUUAGUGAACAUGAUAAAACAAUGUUCGGUUGAACACAGUAAGCUUGUAAAGGAAGCUGCAAUGGGGCAAGGGUUUGAUCGUCAUUUAUUUGCUCUACGGUUAUUAGCUAAAGAAAGCAAUUUAAAGAUUCCAGAUUUGUUCACUGAUCCCGCUUAUGGUCAGAUUAAUCAUAAUAUUCUAUCUACUUCUAGUCUAACUUCAGAUUAUGUAUGGUUAGGAGGAUUUGGUCCUGUUGUAAAAGAUGGUUAUGGUAUUGGAUAUACAAUACUUGAAGACUACUCAGGUGCUAUUAUUACUAACUACAAGGAACAUUCUGAUGGAGAUACAUUCAGAUGUGCAUUAACUCAGAGCUUAAAUCAAAUUCUUGAUAUUUUAAAAACUUAG